CUGCUCUAGACUUUGUUCAUUCUAUCUGACUCUCAAAAAUUCACUCAAAAGUGCAGCAGAUACCCAACUUCACAAUGUCUUCUAGCAAGGGCCAAUUCGAGCAAGGCUACCAACCUGAGGUUCAGCAGCAAAGCAGCAUCCCCGGAAAGGAGUCUGAGAUGAACCCCCAGCCCGAGUACGACCACCUCCCCACUCCCGACGGCAGCAAGGAGCUGUACAAGGCCGCCGGCAAACUCAAAGGCAAGAAGGCGAUCAUUACCGGUGGUGACUCCGGUAUUGGUCGCGCGUCUGCCAUCCUCUACGCUAUGGAGGGCGCUGACAGCUUAAUCGCAUAUCUGCCCGAGGAGGAGGAUGACGCACAACGGACGAAAAACAUGGUGGAGGAGAAGGGCGCCAAGUGCUACACAUUUGCUACCGACUUGAAGGACCGUGCAAACUGCCAGAAGGUCGUGGACGAGGCCCUCAAGCAGAUGGGUGGCAUUGACAUACUCUUCAACAACGCCGCAUACCAGAAUAUGGUCGAGGACAUCAAGGACCUGGAUGAGGACCAGUGGGUACACACCUUCGACACCAACAUCCACCCCUACUUCUAUCUCUCGAAGUAUGCGCUUCCCCACAUGAAGCCUGGCUCCGUCAUCAUCAACAACGCCUCCAUCAAUGCGUACAUCGGCCGUCCAGAUCUGCUCGACUACACAUCGACCAAGGGUGCUGUUAUUUCUUUCACACGCGCUCUGCACAACCAGUACGUGUCCAAAGGAAUUCGCGUCAACGCCAUUGCGCCCGGCCCUGUCUGGACACCACUGAUCCCUGCCACCAUGACCAAGGACGCCAUCAAGCAGUUUACCGCUCCCAUCGGUCGUCCUUCACAGCCUAGCGAGAUCGCAACUGUCGCCGUGUUCCUUGCUGCGCCUGACAGUAGCUCCAUUAGCGGUCAGACCAUCCACCCCAACGGUGGAACCGUUGUCAAUGGUUAAGCGCUCUCGCUAUGUUUCUGUGUCAGGUGCGCCUAAAAAUUCGUGGAUGUAUACAUAGAUAUGACCUUUAAUAAUGAAAUCGAUGAUGCCUUGGACAA